AUGAAUCAGAUAACGGAUUUGUCAGAAUUGGAAUCUAUUUUUAGGAAUAACAAGAGUGUUUUUGAGUGA